UAUUCGAAGGGUCUUUGUGUAUUAAGUGACAAUACUGUACUAAAAUGGGAACCCACAAAGGAUAGAAUGUGUCGAUAUAUCAAGAUUGGGACUUGGGAAGGAAAAUUUUUAGAUAACACCUGGUUGUCGGAUGACGCACAAUUAGCACUUCAUUUCGCUAAACCAACUCCAAAAUUUUGGGAUUGCAGUAACAUUCUAGAAAUUUCCGAACAAGGACUAGCUACAGUUACUAGGAGUCGCUCUAAAAGAAGCGUCAGUAACCAAAAACUUAGCUUAGUAACAUCACCUGAAAUGGCAGCGAAGCUAACAUAUUUAGACAAAGAAAUGGCUGACACUCUAACAUUUACUUUCACGCAUUCGCUUAAAACCUUUUGCCAAAAUUUGGAUCUAGUUAAGAAAUGGGCACUUGCUGCAUAUUUGUCCAACCCAACGGGCUUAGCUAGAAUGAUAUUUGAAAAUGACUAUGUCACGGCAAAACGAGAAGGGUCAUCACUACUGCGUGUAUGGCCAUCGAAUGUUUCGACUUAA